ACCCAGCUUUGAUCAUCAAUAGCUUAGCUUGGAGCUUGCCUUGAACUGAUUACUAUAGCAAAUGAUUAACAACUAUUGUCGUAGCCUUGACAUAAUUAAAUACCGCUUCGUGUUUGAUUAACUGUGCGAAAGCUCACAAAGAAAGCCAACUGAGCUACAAUUUUAGCGAUGACUAUGUAUUUUUUUACAUUGUGCUUGUGGCAAAUAUAAAUGUGCAUGUUUCACGUUGUAGCCUGUUUGUAGCGGAGCGCGUGUGCCAUGUGACGUGCUGGCAUGGGGGGCAUGGCUAGCUCACAGAAAAGAGUCAACGUUAUCAAAGGUCCUAAUGUGAGUGCAUACGUGUACCCCCGCAGCGACUCCAGGGGCGCGGGCGAGGCGCUGGUGGCGGCGCUGGCACGCCUGGACCUGGAGCUGCAGGGCUGCGAGCGCGGGCACCCCGCCGCCAGGCUCACCGUCGUGGCCGCCGAGGUGGACUCCAUACUGCAGGAAAUCAAUAGUUUUGAAGAUGUAUCCCCGGCGGUGGCUUCUAAAGACGACUACGCAAAAACGAUGCAUCAGUUAUUCGUAAGCAUGGAUUUAUAUAGACGUCCAAUGUUGGCUAUAGAAAAUGAAGAUUUCAUAGCGAAUGUAAAUAGAAAGGAAAUGCGUCGACUAGAGCUCCAGUAUCUCCGUGAUCGCUUGGAUGAACUGCAGAAAGAACGACGCUCACUCAAUGCACAGAUAUCGAGGACACGAACUUUGUACACACAGUUGCAACAGCUGAUAGAGUCAAUCUGGCCGGACGCCGGCGCUCGGCCGGGCGGCGCCCAGCAGGCCCGGCUGGCGCGCGCGACGGCGCUGCGCUCAGCCCUGGCCGCGGUGUCGGCGCGGCUGCGGGCGGCGGCCGCGUAUGCGCGUGCGCACGCCGACUGCAUGCGUGACGCGCUGCCGGCUUGGAGCGCCGCUGUGCAUGGCAAAAGCGGUUGGGAGCGCACGCUAGCCUGCUCGCAAGCAGUGACGCUGCUAGUCCGGGCGCGCUGCGCGGAGCGGGGCUCGCGGCGCGUGCUGGGGGCGCCGGCCGCGCCGCGCGCCGCCCGUGAGCUCCGUCUCGCUCUAGACUACGCCUUCACUGACGCCGUGCAUGACCACAGGUUCCAGCGGGCUGUGGAGGUGUUUACGCAGUUUAAAGACGCCGUCACACAACUCUCCAACACAAUCCACCAAGUUCUACUGAGCAACCUGGAGAACCUGGCUGUGGCCGAGAAGGACGAGGCGAAGUGUAGAAGAGAGCUGCGCGCCGCGAGGAUCAACGCGAUAGUGAAGCAGGGGCUCGGGGACUAUAUUUAUGAACCUAAGCCACUUCGCAAGUAAAAGAAAGUAGGAUUCAAGGAAAAAUGUCGGGCUACUUGAAAGGAAAUUCAAUAUAAAUUGACAUAACCGGUUAUAGGAGGUGAUUGUUAUAUGGAUUAAAUAAUUAAAAGUCAUAUGUAUAAAACACAA